AUGAGGCUGCUAUAUGACUGGGCCAGCUGUUAUCCUGUGUCAUAUGUUUGCAGGUGGAGUUCUGAAGUUUGCCCAGAACAAGGGUCACCACUUGCUGAGCUGGAAAUUGUUGACAGCCACAAGGCGAGUCCCAAUGAGGCGUUUAGCAGUUCACGCAAGCUCCAGCGCCUCUCAAAUGGCCAGCUCAUUAUGAUCCACCUUGGGCUGCAGCACCCUGUUUCUGAUCGGUCGGGUCCGAUUUGA